CAAGUUCCAGCUUGCGGCAGUCUACUUUCACUACUUUGCCUGUUGAGUUACGAUUUAUGACAACCGAAUUUUUCCGAAGAUGCUGGUGGCGUUGAAUCGCUUCUCGAUUGUGCUUGGAUUGUUUUCUACGCUGGUGUUCCUAUCGUUGUUCCUGUUUUUCUGUACCUCAUCCAUGUCUAGCUUGGCAGUGGCUCACAAGCGCCCUGUUAGCUACGAAGCAAUUAAUUUCCCUCCGUUGAAAAAUGAUAACGUUUUGCGGGCAGCCCGUGGCGAAUCGGUUGAUCGUGUGCCGGUUUGGGUGAUGCGUCAAGCCGGACGUUAUUUGCCGGAAUUUCAAGAGGUUCGGGCUAAGCAUGAUUUUUUCGAGGUCUGUCGCACACCGGAGUUGGCAUGUGAAGUGACGAUGCAGCCACUGAGGAGGUUCGAUUUGGAUGCCUCGAUUAUCUUCUCGGACAUUUUAGUUAUACCACAGGCGUUGGGAAUCACCGUAGAGAUGAAGAAGGGUGUUGGACCGGUAUUACCGGAGCCCUUAGUUACUCCGGAGGAUCUGAAAAGACUGAAUCAGACCGGGACCAUCGAGAGGUUGAAGUACGUAGGAGAUGCGAUCACUAUGAUGCGACAUUUACUAGAUGGUAAGGUGCCUCUGCUGGGAUUCACUGGCGCGCCUUGGACGCUGAUGGGAUAUAUGAUUGAGGGAGGCGGAAGUAAGACCAUGUCGAAAGCCAAAUCAUGGUUAACGGAUUACCCAGAGGCAAGCCAACAAUUGCUAAACAUUCUCACCGAUCAGGUUGUAGACUAUUUACUGAUGCAAAUCAAAGCCGGUGCUCAAAUGGUACAAGUAUUUGAGUCCAGUGCGGAACACUUGUCCAAAGAGCAAUAUUUAGAGGUUUGUUUGCCAUACCUCAAACGAAUUAGAGAUGAUUUGCUCAGUAAGCUUGCAUCCGAAAACAUUGCUGCAGUGCCGAUGGUGCUAUUUUCUAAAGGAGCAAUGCAUUCUCUGCCGGAGCAGGCAAAAACCGGUUACGAGGUAAUCGGGCUUGACUGGACUAUUGAUCCAGAGGAAGCAAGAAAGCUGGUCGGACCGGAUGUCACACUGCAGGGAAAUUUAGAUCCCCAACUAAUGUACAAACCUUCAGAGGAACUCCGUCAGCUGGUAGUGGAGAUGGUGCAGAAAUUUGGCAAGCAUCGAUACAUUGCCAAUCUCGGUCAUGGAAUCACGCCACAGACACCGAUCGAAAGUAUGACCGUCUUGGUGAAAGCGGUUCAUGAUGCCUUGUAGAAUUUGGUGCUAUUUAGUUUAUUAUUACAUUAAUUCAUCACUUUAUUCUUUGUAAUGAUUUCCAAAACAGUGCGUACUAUCGUAAAACGAGUGAAACAUUUAGACGGUAACGGUUCGUUAACUUUUUUUGCUAAUAAAAAAGUAUAUAUAAAAUA